AACACACACACGCACGCACGCACGCACCCGACAUACCACUUCUCGAAUGUCCGUAUUCGCAUCCUCCCGCCGCGUCGCCAUCGCCUGUCUCAGCUGCCGCGAGCGCAAAAUCAAGUGCAUCACGAGCUCGACGGACAACCCGUGUCUGCGCUGCCACUCGAACGACCUGCCGUGCGACUACAUCUCCGCGGUCAAGCACCGGCGCGUCCGCCCCGCACCCACCGACACCGACACCCCGAGGAAGCGCCGCACCGCGAAACCCGACGCGCCAUCGGGCUCGGAGGCGCCCGCGAGGGCGUGCGCGCUGCGUCCGCUCCGCGCGAAACACGCGCCGUACCCCCGCCACCAUCGCGCGUACGACGGCGCCGCGGAGGGCUGCUGGCCCGUCGUAGCUGAUGUUGCCGAACAUUCCCUCCCUCCACGGCCCUGCGCGUACCCCCCAUCCAUCUGCAUAUCCGAACGCGAGAUCCGACAACCGAUCCCCCUGAGCAGUGUUUCGUACGACUACGACUGGGCGCCGCCCUCCCGAUCUCCGUCGGCGUCGCCCAUCGCCCUACCGCUCCCCCUCCCGCUGUCCAGCGCGAGCAGCCGCCCGCUGCUCGCGGAGACGCGCGAGGCAUUCGUGUACUCCCACGUGUCCCAAGUCGACGAUCCUCUGGAGGAUUACUGGCGCGCGUUUGAUGGAGGCGCAUCGUGGCAUCCGUCGCACGCGCAGGAAUUUAUUGGGGUCCAGCUCCCGGACGCAUAUAUGGACCCGGGGUUGUUCUACGGCCCGUUCGACGGAGCUUGUUUUUAUAGUUUCCGCCAUCAGCCAUCAAUCCAUGCGGAGCCGAGGGCACAGCCAUCGGAAACACCCAUCUAUGCUUGGUUUCACUCUUUCUCUGUGAUCUGGCUGCUCGCGCAGUUUACGAACGCUGAUGCCGCACAGAAAGCUUUCAAAACGAACACCGACUCGCGCGGCGACGUGUUCCUGACGGAGCGAAUGGACGCCAUCAUCGACGGAAUCCUGUGCGACUUCAACACCGCGCGUGGGGCGGGCGUGGCCGUGGUGCGUAGAAGCACGGACGGGAGCUGGGUCCUCGAGAGCAGAAGGUACGGAAACGCGACGGCGGUCGGUGCAGGCGUCACGGCGGACACCGUGUUCUCGAUCGGGAGCAACCCGAAAGUGCGCCGCCGCGGGUGCUUCUUCGCUAUCCAUCCCCAAGCCUCCAUUGAUUACACCCCGCAGCUGUUCGACGUGAUCGCCACGGGUCUCCUGAUCCACAACGCGUCGCUCUCGCCGCGCAUAUCCUGGGACUCGAAGACGGCGCACAUACUCCCCGGGUGGGGCCUCAUGGACCCCGUCGCGAGCCGCGAGAGCACGAUCACAGACCUGAUGAGCCACUCCCGCACAGGGCUCGCGCCGCACGACAUGAUGGACGCGCUGGCCGAACCCGUCGAGGCCCUGGUGGGUCUUCACCCCGUUCCGCGGGACAGACAGACAGACUCAGGAACUGGGGGCGACCCCGCCGCAGAUCCAGCGCCUGCGGCACCUCCGCCCGUCCUACGCCUUUCGCGCGCACGCCUCGGCAUGCGCGACACGGCGUUCUUCUGGGACCCUGCGCUGCGGGGCAGGUUAGCGGAUGGGUUCGUCAGGGAGGGCGCGGAUGUCGCUCGGGAUCCGUUUGAUCGCGGGAGGACGCGGACGGUUGAGUUUUUGGGGGGGCGGAUUCGAGUCCCGGCUAUCUGGCUUCGUGCGCUACUUGAAGAGGGUAAAAACGCGGAGAACGAGACGAUCAUUCCGGCCGAGGUCAUCGAGAAAGCAGCAAGUGGGAUUAUGGUUUAUUCUCGUAUUGCCCGGUACCCAGAACUCUCACCGCUGACAUGUGGCGGCGGCCAAUCUCGUGGGACAUACCGUGGAUUCGAAGUCAUCGAGCACGGGGGUUUGACGCCCGGGUUCAUGAGCCAGAUAUCCCGCAUUCCGUCGCAGAGUCUGGGCGUCGCCGUGCUGACGAACGACGGCAGUCUGGGAAACUUUAUGAUGGAGGCGAUCAAGUACCGGAUCUUCGACGAGUACUUUGGGCUCGCACCCGUCGACUGGACAGCGCGCUACCGCGAGCGAGUGCGUAGCGCAGCACCCACGCCGCCUCUGCCACGCUCCAGCCGAGCCGCCGCUCCCACCGCUCCCUACGCCGCUUUGGCGGGGACGUACAAUAACGCUGCGUACCGCGACCUGCGCUUGUGUCUGUUUCUGCACGGAUCAAUACAAGAAGGCGGCGAAGCGUGCGAAGACUUGGCGGCGGAAGUCGGGGCACGGCUGCCUGCCGUAAUCCAGCCGCAUGUCCCGACGCUGAUUGCGCGCUGGGCGACGCCGCUGACGCACUACUUGCUCCUCGAGCACUUUGAUCGCGAUCCGUGGAAUCUUACCGGGCUCUGGAGCCACCGCGAGGGAGAAUGGGUCCAGAAGAUGACCGUGGGGAUGUUGGCUGAGUUUGAUGGCGCUCGGGGCUUUCCCAUCAAUACCCCCCUUCGGAUGAAACCGCCCCGGAGACCUCGCCGAUACACCGAGGAGCGCCCGCCGUUUUCGUCGUUCGAUCAGUUCGCGCGCGGGCAGCUGCUGUGGUGCCGCACGACGCGCAAGGAGAUGAAGCUCACGUCGCGGCGGCGGCUGACGGAGCGCGCGACGGGGAACACGACGACGUCGCCGUCGAUGCGCGGACUCUACGAGGAGGAGUGGCAGGAUCCCUCGCUGGUCGACAUGGACUCGGAGCUGCGCCGGCUGUGCAUGGUCGUCGAUGUCAGCGAGCCGAAAAAGACGAUCAGCGUCGUCCCGUUCAUUCGCAGUCGCUGGCUCAUGCCCACCAGCCCGUGGCUCGAUCUGAACGAAGCCGGGUCACAUCCGAUCGCGGUGACACCGGGGCCACGAUUCGUCUGGAUCGGUCCGCCGGAGGAAAUCGAUGUGGUGCUCGGCAACUGGGAAGAGAUGCACCCGGAUACCGAUCCCGAUACCGGGCUCAUCCGCGUCGACAACCCGGAUGAGAUGGAACAGAACUUCUGGAACUGGAAAUCCCACCACGAUGUCUACAUGGGCAAGACGGAAGCGUUACGUUGGCUCCCGGCCGACUUCUUCCCGCACUCGCCGAAUGCGACACACGUCCGCGCGUUCUCGCGCGAGGUGCGCGACCCGAUGCUCGGCCCCCACGCGCAGCAUCGCCGGCACCUCUCGGCCGACGCGUACCUCUAUCAGGUGCCGCCCCCGCCGCCGCCACAGCACGCCGGCCACCCGUCAAACACGUUUGCGUUCGGCGGGUUCAACAUGGCUCCCGCCGCGCCGGCGUUCCGCCAGAACCCGCCGCCGUUCAUGAACCCGGGGCUGAUUGCGUCGCGGGGCUUCCAGGGUGGGUUUGCUGGGGGCCAACAGCAGCAGCAGCAGCAAGGACUGCCCGGGCUCCGGCACCGGGCAUACACGCAUGUGAAUAUGAGCCACAGCGCCAACGCGGGCUUCCAGCAGGCCCAAAACCGGCAGCAGCACAACCAGCAGCAGCACCAGCAGUGGGCUGCCGGCUCCCACCACCGACAGCCGCUGCGCGCGUUCACGAGCGAGGGCUCCAUGCUCGACGAGCGCGAGCGCGCCGCCCCCGCCAUGCAGCAGCGCGCCAACGUCGCGCAGCCGCUCCCGCUCCCCUCGCCCGAGACCUCCGCGCGCUUCGCCGCGUCGCAGCCGCUGCAGCCGGGCGGCGGUGCGCUCCCGCUCUUCCCGUCCCUCGACACCUUCCGCACUGGGCAUCAGCAGCAGCAGCAGCCGCCGCCGCUGCUCCCGGGUCCGCCGCCGGCGCGGGGCCGGAGCUCGCUCGAUCUGGACCGGUACCGCGAGUUCUAUCGCACGCCGGACGCAAAUGUGUAGACCCUGGAUGGAAUGAUUUCUUCCGUAGCGUGUACUUGUAUACCACUCCCUUUGUACAACCCAUCGUAGCUGGCAAUUCAACGCGGGUUCGCGUAGAGCGUGGUGUGAGUGCGGGUGCAUCGACGUAGAUAACACAGAUUGCAAGUCGCUGGCAAAACCACACAGGCGAAAUUAACUGCGAUGAAA